CCCUAGCAUUUAAGCCGUAAUUGUCGCUGCUUCUGGUCACAUUGGCGGUUUAUCCGUUACGAUGUGAUUUAUCUCACAGCGGCCAACGUACGAUUACGAAUUAGCUGGAGUCAGGACUUGUCAAUAAUUGGAAACGGUCCUUCACAGUUGCUUCUCUACAGGAAGCCACUAAUUGAGAUGCUUUUCCGGAAGGCAGUAUUUAUCAAUCAUUUUGAUCGUGGCUAGACUCGGCAUAGCAAUGCAUUCGUUUCCCAGAUCUCACAGCGAGCGUUCUUGUGUUGAUGCUUUAAUUCAUGUGGAAACCGGGCCAGCAAACCAACCGACAGUAGCAGGUCUUACUAGCUUGAGCGCAGUACAAUGAUGCAAGUAGCAACCACAGGUCUAUGCAGCUCUUGUCCUCGCGUGCGGCUGCUGGCACACGGUCUCACGUUAACAGUCAGUCUGUGCUACGUGAUGUUGGUACGCGCGAUGAGAACCGUUUUGUUUUGUCAGUUAACAGCAGUGAUCACAUAACGAUCAGCAAACCGAUGCUGCCUAGUGUAGAACAAAAGUCGGAGCACUAAUUUCGCGCCGUUCUUCUAUAACAUCGCCUCGACCUACUUAGUGUAAUCAUUUGAGCGUAGUACGCGAUCGCACCGUACGGAAGAUUCCAUCUGCAAACCUAUUUGAAUCGUUACGGAAGAGCCCUGCUUACUGAGAAACACUACGUCAGGAUAAUGACACCACAAGAAUAAUGUGCCUCGGAACUGACAGACCGUUUUAGGACACGGAUGCAGACGAAGUAUAAUGAUGUUAUUUCGCAGUAGAACGAGUCCAAUGCGCUACAUUUGUGCUUCAGAGCAUCCAUUUGGUGUGACAAGUGUAAAGUGGAGUGGGAACGCUUCCACGGCGAAGGCAGUGAGCGUACAACGCACUUACUGCUGAUUCACGGUGUUCGGUUCACGGCGUGAGCUUGUAGCAUGGAUAUAUUCUCUUGGCCUCGUCAUGAUGCACCACUUUACCGGACACUGGGAUGGAAGCUCCUUCGACAGGUUUCCCAAAUGUUCUUUUCACUGGUUUGCCCAACACUUUCAGAAUACAUGUUUCCACGCGGUCUGGUUUAGUUUGUUUUCACUCCACUCUCUACUCCUCGUAUUGUGGCACUUUUAUGUUUCUGUGGCGCUUCGGUAUGCUCUUCUUCGCAUAGGACCGGUGAUGUCACAUAGUAUAGUUUACAUGAGGGCAGUAUCCGGUUUUGGCACUGGUGUCUAACUGGUAAUUUGUGUGUGUAUAUGUUCGUUGGUUAUCCUCACGGGGCCUUAUUUUCUGACCAGAGUGAAUGCGGUGGCAUGUAUUGAUAGUCUAAGGGUUCGUUUGCAUCGAAGCUUUGUCGACGACUCGCUCCGCCUGUACCAAAUAUGAGACGCGGAACGCGCUCAUUGCGCAUGUGGUGUUCCCACGGAUACGAGCUAGACUGCGGAGGUGGCGAUGGUCGAACGUAGCACACCUCUUUGGGUUUGUCGAUCUGAUGUGCCAGGUUCCGCAACUGUACACGGUUGUCGAACGCACAGUUGCGUUGUAAACUCUGCCCCUCCGAGUGCAAGUGAUGUCGUGUCGGCGUCGCAGGUGGCGGAGAUUGGCAAAAGCGACUUGAGCUUUUGCUAUGCGGUUCGUGAUUUCAUCCGCUAUUCUAAAGGCGCUGGUAUAGUUGCCUAGAUACUUAAAUUUCCGGACGACUUCUAGCUGAUCACCAACAAGGGUCAGCGCAGGGUUGGGUACCUUCCAAUGUUGGAGAAGGACUUUGCAUUGUGAAUGUGCGAAGCAUAGUCGAAAACGAUUGGCAACUGGUGCUUAUUUAUUCAGUGCUGCUUGGCACGUUUGUGAGUUGUCAGAGUUGAGGGCAAUAUCGUCGGCGUACUCGGAGUCGAAAGGUCGAUGACCUGGGAGCAGCUCCAAAUGGUGUCUGGUGAAUGCAGUUUUCAUGGCUUCGUCGAUAGCAAAGUUAGAAUGGGAAGGCGACAGCGGGCAACCUUGAAGGCGGUUACAGUUUGCCAUAAACCUUCACCUUGCCGGACUACGCGCUCCUGUAACGUUUACAUGUUAAUCGGACGGAUAGUUCCGAAGGGCACGUCGAUGCACCGAAUCGAUGGCAUCUUUGAUGUCGAAGAACGCGACUGAUGGGUCGUCAGUAAGCAUGGCGGUGCUCUAACAACUGACGUACUAUGAAGAUGCGAUCAAUACAGCCCCGAUUUCGACGAAAACCGGCUUGCUGUUCGUGGUUCUGACUUUCAUCGCUGUGUGAGGCAAAUAACUGGAGCUGGGACUGAUCCUUCUAUGAUUGCUGCAUGCCUAACAUGUGUUUCCUUUGAGAAUGUGUAUUUUAACGGAGCGGCUCUAGUCUGUUGGAACAGUCUUCUCGCACAGGUUCACUGGUAGAUUGUGUAUAGUAUUCCCAACAGCUGGUCCUUUGAAGAAGAGGUCUAUGUGCUAUUGCAGUCCGGUCUCACGUUCGACUUAUACGCAUGAAGGCGGAUCGAGGGGGAUGAGCGAGGGAGCCGGGUUGUCACAAGCCGGUAGCGAGUCUAGUAGUCCCGGCUGAGUAAGUUGCUUCCAAAAGUGAUCGGACCAAUGCUCCAAACGUUUUGACAGGUUGUGAAUAUGUUGUCCAAUCUUGUCGCAUGUAGUUUCGUUAGCACCAGAUCUCCCGCUGCUCGUUUCUGUUGUUGCCAAUGGCAUCAGGCAGUGAGACCACCAGGCUUCGCGGUCUCUCUUCGGUCCCUGAGAUCUUUGCGAAUUUUGUGUUCACUCCCAGCCAGAGUUCUAGGGGACUCCGUAAAGACGCAAUGUCCAAGUUGGCAAUCCGAUUUACCACAUGCGUGCUGCUAAUAACACGUGGCAGUGGGCACUAGCUCAAUUCGCAUGGCAGCGCAGUUUGUUGUGCAUUCAAAACACCUGGCUUCACUAGUUGGUGGAUGUCUGUGCGCUCACUGCGUCGCCGCGGGUGUCUAUUGAGGCGAACUCGAAGUUCGUCCCAUACUACUGCGUGAUCAGCAUCCACACUCGUGCUCCAAACUGAGCGACCGUUUUGAACACAGCUUAUUUAACGACAACUGAUUGCGCUGUGAUCAUUUUGGGACAAUGGUUAAUUGUCGCCGUUCUGCAGGUGGUAUGUGGGAAGUUAGAGCUGGCGAGAAAUAGAUGAGCAAGCGUUCCCCGUUAUCAGUUCAGGUGUUGGCCGCCCAGGUGCAGCUCAUCAGUGGACAGCUUUCCAAUUGGAGCGUUCAGAUCACCAGCCAGCACUAGGAUACCGGUACUUCUGCUAUGGUGAAAGAGUUCGUUCAGUUGGUGAUCGAAGUCAUCUUCCACCGAGUUGGCCUUAAUGAUUACAUGCCUGCCUUGUACUCCUGAUUUCGCUGCUUCGAGCCUGCGUAGGUGCCCAGGCGACCGUCGCAGUAUCCUUAACCCACGUGUGACUGGUUAUGGUUGCGCGGCAGCAAAGCGUCGGUGCUGCGCACCGGCGUACUGCUGAUGCGGUGGUGGAGUUGGCAGAAGGUUUCACUUGGCACGGGGAUUUAGUGAUCGGACAAGACUUCAGUGGCUCUCCUCUGAACGAUAAAUGACGCGUCAAGUAGGGUGCGAUUGAUUGCGCUAGAGACAGUCCACAGGUCGAAGAGUAGCUGUCAAAGACUGAGUCUGCGAUCGCUGCUGUGUGUACUGGGACUUUAUCUGCUUCGGUGCUCGUGGAUCGUUGUGCUGCCUGAUAAGGAUGUCCGUUGGGAGUUUGUGGGUGUCGGUGUUAGGGUGAUGUUAUCGAACCAGACGUCACGUCAUUUGGCCUCUCUAGGGGUUUGUGAUGCUUGUUCCGGUUAAAUGCUAUUGGGCUGAAGGUGCUUUCAUGAUUUUGCUGUAUGGUGCUGAAGACAACGGCUAGACGAUUCGCGAGCGUAUCUUUCUCCUAUUCGUGCACUGGCAAUGAGGGUUGUCUGACCUGGCACAAUGUCACUACCCAGCCCUUGGGAUUUCACAGGAAAGUACCCCGCAAUUAAUUUUGUAUUGAUACCAUCGAACUAAGAUUGGGCAAGCAUAUUGAGCUGGUGAUAAAGACGUCUAACAAAAUCAGAGGCUUGUACUCCGGUCUAGGUAAAAUUUAAUGGUUAGCCACUUUCAAACCAUACAUGCUGGCCACAAUUAAGCGAUGCGCCGAAUUGAUCGCUUUCUGGGGAAACGACUAGUCACCGUAGUAUAUGUGUAGGCGCGCGCUUUUCCCAUUCGAGGAAUGCGUUUCGUCAUCAUGAUAAUCGUUGUAGUUAUCGAGCGGCGGCUUUAACCCCAGAAAGCAACUGUCCCCUAGCAUUUAAGCCGUAAUUGUCGCUGCUUCUGGUCACAUUGGCGGUUUAUCCGUUACGAUGUGAUUUAUCUCACAGCGGCCAACGUACGAUUACGAAUUAGCUGGAGUCAGGACUUGUCAAUAAUUGGAAACGGUCCUUCACAGUUGCUUCUCUACAGGAAGCCACUAAUUGAGAUGCUUUUCCGGAAGGCAGUAUUUAUCAAUCAUUUUGAUCGUGGCUAGACUCGGCAUAGCAAUGCAUUCGUUUCCCAGAUCUCACAGCGAGCGUUCUUGUGUUGAUGCUUUAAUUCAUGUGGAAACCGGGCCAGCAAACCAACCGACAGUAGCAGGUCUUACUAGCUUGAGCGCAGUACAACGAUGCAAGUAGCAACCACAGGUCUAUGCAGCUCUUGUCCUCGCGUGCGGCUGCUGGCACACGGUCUCACGUUAACAGUCAGUCUGUGCUACGUGAUGUUGGUACGCGCGAUGAGAACCGUUUUGUUUUGUCAGUUAACAGCAGUGAUCACAUAACGAUCAGCAAACCGAUGCUGCCUAGUGUAGAACAAAAGUCGGAGCACUAAUUUCGCGCCGUUCUUCUAUAACAUCGCCUCGACCUACUUAGUGUAAUCAUUUGAGCGUAGUACGCGAUCGCACCGUACGGAAGAUUCCAUCUGCAAACCUAUUUGAAUCGUUACGGAAGAGCCCUGCUUACUGAGAAACACUACGUCAGGAUAAUGACACCACAAGAAUAAUGUGCCUCGGAACUGACAGACCGUUUUAGGACACGGAUGCAGACGAAGUAUAAUGAUGUUAUUUCGCAGUAGAACGAGUCCAAUGCGCUACAUUUGUGCUUCAGAGCAUCCAUUUGGUGUGACAAGUGUAAAGUGGAGUGGGAACGCUUCCACGGCGAAGGCAGUGAGCGUACAACGCACUUACUGCUGAUUCACGGUGUUCGGUUCACGGCGUGAGCUUGUAGCAUGGAUAUAUUCUCUUGGCCUCGUCAUGAUGCACCACUUUACCGGACACUGGGAUGGAAGCUCCUUCGACAGGUUUCCCAAAUGUUCUUUUCACUGGUUUGCCCAACACUUUCAGAAUACAUGUUUCCACGCGGUCUGGUUUAGUUUGUUUUCACUCCACUCUCUACUCCUCGUAUUGUGGCACUUUUAUGUUUCUGUGGCGCUUCGGUAUGCUCUUCUUCGCAUAGGACCGGUGAUGUCACAUAGUAUAGUUUACAUGAGGGCAGUAUCCGGUUUUGGCACUGGUGUCUAACUGGUAAUUUGUGUGUGUAUGUGUUCGUUGGUUAUCCUCACGGGGCCUUAUUUUCUGACCAGAGUGAAUGCGGUGGCAUGUAUUGAUAGUCUAAGGGUUCGUUUGCAUCGAAGCUUUGUCGACGACUCGCUCCGCCUGUACCAAAUAUGAGACGCGGAACGCGCUCAUUGCGCAUGUGGUGUUCCCACGGAUACGAGCUAGACUGCGGAGGUGGCGAUGGUCGAACGUAGCACACCUCUUUGGGUUUGUCGAUCUGAUGUGCCAGGUUCCGCAACUGUACACGGUUGUCGAACGCACAGUUGCGUUGUAAACUCUGCCCCUCCGAGUGCAAGUGAUGUCGUGUCGGCGUCGCAGGUGGCGGAGAUUGGCAAAAGCGACUUGAGCUUUUGCUAUGCGGUUCGUGAUUUCAUCCGCUAUUCUAAAGGCGCUGGUAUAGUUGCCUAGAUACUUAAAUUUCCGGACGACUUCUAGCUGAUCACCAACAAGGGUCAGCGCAGGGUUGGGUACCUUCCAAUGUUGGAGAAGGACUUUGCAUUGUGAAUGUGCGAAGCAUAGUCGGAAACGAUUGGCAACUGGUGCUUAUUUAUUCAGUGCUGCUUGGCACGUUUGUGAGUUGUCAGAGUUGAGGGCAAU